UUAAGGGGUGCCAUGGAUCCAAAAAGGCAUUACAAGAAGAGUGAUUUGAAGUCAAAAGCACUACCUAAAUAUUUCCAGGUCGGCACAGUAAUAGAGCCAGCAUCUGAAUACUACUCAAGCAGACUGACUAAGAAGGAGAGAAAGACAACAAUUACUGAUGAGCUACUUUCCGACCGCAAACUUGGGUUGUAUAGAAAACGCAAGGUUCGCGAGAUUGAAGAACAUAACCGGCCAGGUGGAGUGGACAAGUGGAAGAUUAGAGGUUCACAGUCAUGGAAGCGUGCAAAGCAAAGGAGGCAUUGAAGUUUACAUAGUGUUUAAAAAGCUGUGCUUCCCAUUUUUCCCUGUCCGGCCAAUUGGUGAGCUUAGAAAUCUGUUAUGAGGUGUACGUGACGUUCAAGAAAAAUUUUCCAGAUGACAAAUAAAAUCGCGGACGCUAUGCAGCGGCAUACUUGUAAUACAAGUUUUUAGCCCUCUAAUCGAGAUUGUUGUCAUCAAAUUUGAACUGUCUUGCUGAUAAUGUUCAUAGGCAGAAUACCUUUAAGAAAACCGAAACUUGGCACAGAUUAUUGGUUGUACGCCCUAAAUUAUUCGUAGUGUAAUUAUUCCGCUGAACUUGGCUAUUUCAUAGUUAUUCCGCUAAACCUAUACAUCAUUUGCAUUUUGCACCA